UUCCAUAUGCUCGAUAAAACCAAAAAGUAGUUUUUCCAUAAAUUAGAUAGAGUCGGCUUUUAGCUUUAUAUACAUCAUUUUUUUGUUUCUUUAAGUAGUUUUUCCAUAAAUCAGAUAGAGUCGGUUUUUAGCUUUAUAUACAUCAACUUUUCUGUUUCAUCCAAGAAGAAACUAAGCCGCUAUGGAAGCCAAAGGAGAAACUCAGUGGAGCUCUAUUAUAGUUCCUUCGGUCCAAGAGAUGGUGGAGGAGAAGGUGAUCACAACCGUUCCUCCCAGGUAUGUCCAGUCUGACCAAGACAAAUCUGGAGCGACGGAUGAUUCUGGUCUAAUACCCGAUAUCCCAGUCAUCGACAUGAAGCGGUUGUGUUCUUCCGCUGCCAAGGACUCUGACUCUGAGGUUCAGAAACUCGAUUUGGCUUGCAAAGAAUUUGGAUUUUUCCAGCUUGUGAACCAUGGAAUUGACCCAACUUUCUUGGACAAAACAAAGCUGGAGACUCAUGAUUUAUUCAGCCUUCCCAUGGAAGAAAAGAAAAAGUUCUGGCAGAAACCAGAUGAGAUGGAAGGUUUCGGACAAGCUUUUGUGCUUUCAGAAGAUCAGAAACUCGAUUGGGCAGAUAUAUUCUUCUUUACAAUGCAACCUGCUCAAUUACGCAAGCCUCACUUGUUCCCCAAGCUACCUCUUCCCUUUAGAGACACAUUAGAGAUGUAUUCCGCUCAAGUUAAGAGCAUAGCUAAAAUCUUAAUAGCCAAAAUGGGGGAAGCCCUGGAGAUCAAACCUGAGGAAAUUGAAGAAAGAUUUGGUGAUGAUAUGUUCCAGAGUAUGAGGAUGAAUUACUACCCUCCGUGUCCAGAGCCCAAUCAGGUGAUCGGCCUAACUCCGCAUUCCGAUGCGGUCGCACUCACCAUACUGUUGCAAGUGAAUGACGUCGAAGGUCUCCAAAUCAAGAAAGAUGGCAAAUGGGUUUUUGUCAAACCCCUCCCAAACGCUUUCAUUGUCAAUGUUGGAGACGUCUUAGAGAUCAUAACGAACGGGAUAUACAAAAGCAUUGAGCAUCGCGUGGUGGUGAACUCGGAGAAAGAAAGGCUGUCUUUUGCGACAUUUCAUAAUCCGGGACUGAAUAAAGAAAUUUCUCCAGCGAAAAGUCUCGUUGAAAAGCGAAAGAAACGUGCAAAAUUUAAAAGCCUGAUAACUAAAGACUACUUGAAGGGCUUGUUCUCCCGUGAACUCUACGGUAAAGCUUACCUCGAUGCAAUGAGAAUCUAAGGGGAAGUGGUAUCUUGUUUCCCAAGAAACUCUGCCUUCUCCAGACUAGUCCAUGUCUCUGUUACUGUUUUUCUCUCGUCUUUGGUUUAAAUCUUUUAGAUAUUAAACAACCAGUGAAUAUAUAGGUUUGGUAUCAUAAGACCAUAGCUUCUGCGUCUUCGUUUCUUAGCGUUUGUGGUCCUUAAAGGUACUUAUGUAAGAAUAGUAGCACAUGUCACUCAACUUUCCAAUAAUAGUCAAAUUAUGUGUUAGUCUCA